AUGGCCGUGGCGCUGAACUUCACGGCCGAAACGAUGGAUGCAACCGACAACCAGGAAUACGGAUAUCGUCUAGUCAAUGAUACCUUCGUAGGAUCGUUGGGCGAUCUGCUGUAUCACCGUUCCGACGUCUCGUUUAACGUCCGAUUUAUAAAGUACUACGACACGCACGACAUCGACUUUCUGAAACCGAUCUACAGUGAUCAGCUGUGCAUUCUGUCGCCGAAAUCGUUGGAAAUACCGGAAUGGUUGGCGAUCUUCUUGUGCUUUCACCCGUUUGUUUGGGCUGUGUUCGUAACGAUCGGUUUCGUCGGUGGUUACCUAUGGUGUGGCCUCCGUCGAUGGGCACUUCGCAAGGUGCGGUUGUAUCGGAUGCGAUUGCAGCAGGGUGACCUGGUACCCGCUUCGACGCUUACGAUCGAACUGUGGAUGGUGCUGUUGGGUGCUAGCUCCAUACAUCUACCUGUCCGGGGUAUCGAACGGUUAUUGCUCUUAGCCUUCCUAGUGGCCAAUGUCAUCAUAUCCGGAACGUUUCAAGGCACACUGACGACUGCGUUCAGUACGGUCACGUACUACCACGACAUCAACACCCUGGAUGCGCUGGAUCGCUCGGGAUUAACGAUCGGUACAUCGUCCCGCUCGUUGAUGGACAUCUUCGGCAACGUUACCGGCAAUCCUUUGUACCAGUCGCUCAAGAGCAAGCUGCACAUUCUCAACGUAUCGGCACGGCAUCGUGCAGCCUUUGAACGGGAUCUGUGUAGCAUUGAGCGUCGUUCCGAUGUUCAUCUGAUCAUUAACACGGAGUACAAGAGACCGAAUGGUCAGCCAAUGCUGCACGUAGUGGAAGAGUGUCCCCGGGUGUACUCGCUGGCGCACAUUGUCCGCAAUGGUUGGUCAUUUGCGCCGCUGUUCAACGAUGCCAUCAGUCGAUUCAUUGAGUCCGGACUGACCCGCAAGUGGUCCUUAGACAUGGAAAACGCACUGACGACGCACAAACGCAUCCAGCAGACCAUGGAGAAUCCGGAGGAGGAAACACUUCGUAAGCUAACGUUAGUCGAUAUGCAGACCUCGUUUUAUAUCGUUGUUAUCGGCGUGCUUGUAGGUCUAAGUGUCUUCGCCGUUGAGUUAUUCAUCGGAAAAUGA